AUGGACGGUAUAACUCCAAGAGCCAUAAUCACAGAUCAAGACAGCAUGAAAAAUGCCAUUGCCAUUGUAUUCCCAGAAAGCCGACAUCGAUUCUGUUUGUGGCAUAUACUGAAGAAAGUCCCCGAAAAGCUUGGCUCUCAUAGUGCGUACAAAAGUGGCAUGAAAACUACUUUGAUGAAGUGUGUGUAUGACACUCAAAGUGUUGAAGAGUUUGAAAAAUGUUGGGAGCAGCUAAUCACCACGUACAACUUGCAUGAAAAUGUCUGGCUACAAAGUUUAUAUGAUGAGCGUGAGCAUUGGGUACCGGCAUUCUUGAGGGACGUAUUUUGGGCUGGAAUGAGUACUACGCAGCGGAGCGAGAGCAUGAAUGCAUUUUUUGACGACUUCCAUUCAUUUAGUGUCUCCAUUCCCUGUAUAUCUCGAUCCCCAAUUGAGAAGAAAUUUCAAGAUCUGUAUACGAAUGCUAAAUUCAGGGAACUUCAACAACAAAUUAGCGGUAUUAUUGAUAUGGAUCCAAAAUUAUUUAAGCAUGAUGGUACAAUAAAGACAUAUCAUGUAGAGGAUGAAGUUCGUGUGGAAGAGUUCACAAAGUCGAUUACACACUAUGUGGACUUUAGUGAGGAAGAUGCAACUGCAAGGUGUUCGUGUGGAUUGUUUCAAAUGAGGGGGAUAUUGUGUAGGCACAUUUUGGCAAUAUUCAAAUGUAAUGGGAUUAAGUCUGUGCCAGAUACAUACAUUUUAGAUCGAUGGCGGAAAGACAUCAAAAGGAGGUACACAUUGAUCCAUAGCAAUUAUGACGUAGGGGAUCAUCGGGCAGAUGCUAAUAGAUAUUCAAGUCUGUUGAAUAUCUGUUAUCAGAUGAUUACUCAUACUGCGGGUUCAAGUCGGCAUACUGAGGAUGCAACUAAAAAAUUGUAUGCAAUGAUUAAGUUAUAUCGUGCCAACCAAGAACCCCCAUCGAUAACCCUCCCUGGUGCGAAUGUUGGCUGUACGACUGCUGAUACAACUACAGUUGGGAGUUCAAAGCAAGUACUAAGUCCGAAAGUUGUGAGAGGAAAAUGCAGACCCCCAUCUCUAAGGAGAGCAUCAAGGAUGGAGAAAGACAUGAGGAAAGUUAAAGCAAAGACGAAGAGAGUACCAGUUAAGGGGAAACGCAAACAGCGAGAUGGAGGAGAUACAGCAGUCGUGGACACUUGCAGGAGGUUAUUUGGCCGAGGAGAGAUGGAUACUCCCAAUGUUGAACAAGUCCAGGCUCGAGAAACGGUGAUUGGUAGUCAAGAAAGUAUACAAUUUGGGUUAGAUGAAUCGCAACCGGGAGAAAUUGGGUUGAGUGAAUCACAACCAAUGCAAUGA